AUGUUCACUCGUCGAUUGGCGGCUCGAAGCUUCAAAGCAAUCUCCCGUGGGUACUCAACUGCUCGAACAGGUCAUCGCCCAUUUGUGCGUCAUGCGAACCAACCUCCUCAGCCCCAAUUCGAAGCCACAAAAUCGUUCGGGCUCAGAGAUAAUCUGGUUACAUUCGCCAGUGGUGACCGUUUUAUUCAACUCCGUGAUAAUAACACCGGUGGCUGGACGAGACUAGACGCUAUCCUUCUUCGCGAUAGCUGUACUUGCGCAGCAUGUGUUGAUUCAGCUUCUGGUCAAAAGAGCUUUGCGACAACGGCUAUUCCCUCAGAUAUCGCGAUCGAGGAGAUUCGAUCGACUGAGGAGGGGUUGGGAAUCAAGUUCAAGAAUGAUAUGUAUCAAGAACAUGAGAUGAUACUUCCCUUUGAGAAGAUCGACAGAGCACUCAGCCUUAAGCCUAUUAACAGGGAGGUUUUGCCGCGCAAAAAAGCCGUGCUUAGAAAGACGGGACGGACAUUCUGGGACAAAGCUACUAUUGAGCAGCGUGUUCGCAAGAUCGACUAUCAUGAAUUCAUGAAAGGAUCCGAUGCAUUCUGGCACACACUUCUCGACCUCUCCAAUCUGGGUCUCGUAUUCCUCGAAAACGUGCCGCACGAUGAGAAUUCGAUUGUCAACAUCACCACGCGUAUCGCCAACAUCAAGGAAACCUUCUACGGCCGCACCUUUGACGUUCGCGCAAAACCUGAUGCUGAAAACGUAGCCUACACGAGCGGCUAUCUAGGUCUUCAUCAGGACCUCUUAUAUCUCGAAAGCCCUCCCGCAAUCCAGCUACUUCACUGUAUGGAGAACUCAUGUAGCGGUGGAGAAUCACUUUUCAGCGAUGGUCUUUACGCAGGUAACCUGCUCUCGCAACAGCCCGCCCCUGAGUGGCAUACCAUCCAGAGCCUAGCCCGAGUAAAGGUUCCGUACCACUACAAGAAGCACGGAUACGUCUACGGUCAUAGGCGACCCAUCUUGGAAAGAGAAAGAGACGGAGAAACUCCUGCCUUGCAAAAUGUAUACUGGAGUCCCCCUUUCCAAAAAGAAUUCCCGAACCUCUCACCGGAUGUACGACAAUGGCUUGAUGCAGCCAAACUAUUCGACCGACUAAUCAAUGAACGUGAUGCGAUGUACGAGAUCAAGAUGAAACCUGGAGAGUGUGUUCUUUUCGAUAACUUGCGCAUUAUGCAUGGACGGAAUCAGUUCGACGUCGGUGGUGGAUCGAGAUGGCUGAGAGGAGCAUACAUCUCCGGAGAGGACAUUCACAGCCGUACACUACAUAUUCCUGAGGAACUCGCAAAAGAGUAUCGCGCCGGCAAGGAGUGGCAUUCCAGAACCGAAAACGAAGAACUAAUAGCGUCAGAACGGUUUGGCAAAGUUAGCCAACAGAUUCGCGAGAUGAAGGAACGGCUGGAACAGGUGAAAGCUCCCAGGUUUCGAGCAAGAGACCUUCCGCGCUUGAACGCACUGGAGACAUGGGAAGUUUAG